UUUUCUUAAACUCAAUUUGGUUUCUGUUGUAGGCGGUGCAUUCCCUAGCAGGGCGGGGCUCAGCGUGCUGGGGAGCGGGCAGGGGGAGGGGGGAGCCAGGGGGAGGAGUAGCAGUGAUUAAUUCACCCACAGUGAGAGCUGGGCUUCUAUUUAAUGGAGGGUCUCUCUGCCCAGGCCGAGUCAGAGGCGCCUCCCGGGCCAGCAGGAGCAUGGCAGAGAAUCUGGGGAUGGGCUUUGGGGAGACAGCCCUAGUGGAAAUGCUCCCCGAGGACGGUGGCUGCAGGCCCAAGGGCAGAGCCGGGCUAGCAGCCAGGACCAGCAGCGCGCGCUGGGCUCUCACCUGCUGCCUGGUGGCGCUGCCCAUCCUGGCGGGACUCACCACCUACCUGCUCGUUGGCCAGCUCCGGGCCCAAGGAGAGGCCUGUGUGUUCCAGACUCCAAGACAGGAGUUUGGACCUUCACAUCAGCGAGCUUAUGGAUCUCCUGGAGCCGGUGGAGAAAAGCCAAGAGCACACCUGACAGUUGUGAGACAAACUCCCACACAGCGGCUAGAAAACCAGUUCCCGGCUCUGCACUGGGAACAUGAACUUGGCCUGGCCUUCACCAAGAACCGGAUGAACUAUACCAAUAAAUUCCUGGUGAUCCCAGAGCAGGGAGACUACUUUGUUUAUUCCCAGGUCACAUUCCGAGGGACCACAUCUGAGUGUGGGGGCAUCAGCCAAAGAAGCCAACUGAACAAGCCGGACUCCAUCAUCGUGGUCAUCACCAAGGUAACAGACAGCUACCCUGAGCCAACCCAGCUCCUGAUGGGCACCAAGUCAGUGUGUGAAAUAGGCAGCAACUGGUUCCAACCCAUCUACCUAGGAGCCAUGUUCUCCUUGCAAGAAGGAGACAAGCUGAUGGUGAAUGUCAGUGAUAUCACUUUGGUGGAUUACACAAAAGAAGAUAAAACCUUCUUCGGUGCCUUCUUGCUAUAGCGGCAAGGCAGAUGUCACUGUGUAAAGGUCCUCUGCCUCCUAAUUCCUUUCUCUUGACACAUGUGAUUAGAACCAGAGGAGUUUUUUGGUGGGGAACAUUCCACAGAGACAGCUAUGAAAUGUAGGGCCCAAAAUUUUACACACUUUAUGCCUUCCUCGUAAGAAUACUAAUUGAAAAAAGGCAGAAGAGAAGAGACAUAAUAUUGUGGUUUCUUGGAAGAGUGGUGAAUUUUUAAACAUUAAAGCACCGUCACCAAAUGAAUGGAAGACCUCUCUGGAACAUUUCCACACCUGCCUACUACAUGUUUGCCACCAGCGGGCCCACUCUACAAUUCGACCCUGAAGCACUGGCUUCCAGUUCAGGAGCCUUGAACACAAUCCAAAGCUCUAGAAAACAGUGUAAACCCUUCAGAGGCAAAAUCUUUCAUCAGUGUUCACAAACAUACUUUAAUGCCUUGCCUAAAAAAAUGAAGAGAGAGUUGGUACUUCCCAUGAACGGUCUCAAAAUGAGAAAUUCGCUUUCAAUUCUCAUCUGUGGCAAAUGAGAGAAGCUACCUUUUAUUAUGUACACAGGCAUCAGAACCAGCUAGUCUGAGCAUCAUCUGCAUAUCAAAAAUACACCAAUAGCAUUUACGCAGCACAGUUUUCUUGCGUACCUUUUAUGUUCUGGGCACUCCCUUAACCCAGAAGACACUACGAGAACAAGACAGGCUCUGCUCAGAACUUACGUGAAUACCAGUGGAUGGCUCCUGGUC